CCCCCACCGACCGGGACUCGAGCCCCCGCGCAGCCAGGAUGGUCCCGCGCAGCGUCACAAGCUCUUAGUCGCUUUUGGGAUUACUUUGGACUCUUUUGUGAGUUCGCGCUGUAAAACGUCGACGCGUGACUGUUUUUACGCUUUUAUUCGACCGCCGCGUUGGACGCACGGAGAGGGAUAUUUCCGACGAUCCACCCCCACACCCCCUCCCCAUCUGAAGCCCUCCUCACCCCCCCCCCCCCACCCCCCCUCACCCCCGGUCCGGGUGGAUUUGACAGAAAUGAGUGAGAGGAGGCGAUCUGCCGCGGCUCUGAGCUCGAGAGCCCACGCGUUCUCCGUGGAAGCCCUGAUCGGCUCCAACAAGAAGAGGAAGCUGCGGGGGGGCUGGGAGGAGAAGGAGCUGGAGCUGUCCAUGGAGAGCCUCGCCGCGGACGGAGAGGACGCGGCGCACUGCCUGGACAUGGACCCGGACUCGGAGGCGAGUCCCGGCUCGGACGGAGAGGGUCUGGCCGACAGGACGUCGUGCUCCUUCGGCUCGCCGGCCGAGCUGCCCCCCGCAGCCUGCGAGCCGUCGCCCCCGGCCUCCAUGGAGGAAAUCCAGGUGGAGCUGCAGUGCGCGGACCUUUGGAAGCGCUUCCACGACAUCGGCACGGAGAUGAUCAUCACCAAGGCGGGCAGGAGGAUGUUCCCCGCCAUGAGAGUGAAGAUAGCCGGCCUGGACCCUCACCAGCAGUACUACAUCGCCAUGGACAUCGUGCCCGUGGACAACAAGAGAUACAGGUACGUGUACCACAGCUCCAAGUGGAUGGUGGCGGGGAACGCCGACUCCCCGGUGCCCCCCCGCGCCUACAUCCACCCGGACUCCCUGGCCUCGGGGGACACCUGGAUGAGGCAGGUGGUCAGCUUCGACAAGCUGAAGCUCACCAACAACGAGCUGGACGACCAGGGACACAUCAUCCUCCACUCGAUGCACAAGUACCAGCCCCGCGUGCACGUCAUCAGGAAGGACUUCAGCAGCGAGCUGUCUCAGAACAAGACGGUGCCGAGCGGUGAGGGAGUCAAGACCUUCAGCUUCCCCGAGACCGUCUUCACCACCGUCACCGCCUACCAGAACCAGCAGAUCACCAGACUAAAGAUCGACCGGAACCCGUUCGCCAAAGGGUUCAGGGACUCUGGGAGAAACAGGACCGGCCUGGAGGCCAUCAUGGAGACCUACGCUUUCUGGAGACCUCCCGUGAGGACCCUCACCUUCGAAGACUUCACCAACAUGCAGAAGCAGCAAGGUGGAAGCACGGGCACUUCUCCCACCACCUCCAGCACGGGGACCCCCUCCCCCUCCGGUGCCGCCCACCUCCUGUCCCCCUCCUGCUCCCCUCCCACCUUCCACCUCGCCCCCAACACCUUCAACGUGGGCUGCAGGGAGAGCCAGCUCUGCAACCUGGGCCUGUCCGAGUACCCGGCCUGCGCCCGCAGCAACAUGGCGGCCCUGCAGGGCUACGGCGGCCUUGCCGACAGCUCCUACGGACGCCUCCAGGCCGCGGGGGGGGGCGUGGCCUCGGCUCAGCCCUCCGAGUCCUUCCUGCCGCAGAGGACUUCCUCCUUGAUCGCCGCCGGCAUGCAGGCCGGCGCUCACGGAGGGGGCGGCGGCCCCGGAGCCAAGAUGGACGCCUAUGGCGGCCAGCUGGGCUCCUUCCCGGCCUCACAGCUCCAGUACGUGAUGCAGGCCGGGGGCGGCUCCGGCCCCGCCUCCUCCUCCUCGUCAGGCUCCUCCCCUUCCUCCGCCCACAUGUUCAGCGGGGGCCACCACCACGUGCAGCAGGGCUCCUACAACGCGUUCUCCCUGCACAACCCUUAUAACCUGUACGGAUACAACUUCCCCACCUCCCCCCGCCUGGCCGCCAGCCCCGAGAAGCCCCAGGGGGGUCUGCUCUGCUCCUCCACCCCCGCCGGGGCCUUCGCCGAGCGCCAGUACCUGUCCAACGGGGGCAUGGACGCUAUGCACAUGAUCGGCAACGCCAGCGGCGGCCAGCAGGGCGGCGGCUCCUGCGACGCUCGCCAGUACGGCUCCUCCUCCUCCCAGAUGUCCAUGCACAUGGUGUAGGCCCCACGGGGGUCGGGCCUUUCAGCUGAAAAGAGCGCAACCGGUGUUUUUCUUUGUUUUCUUUCAGAAACAGGAUCUUUUAAAAAAGACACUGCGUCGCAUUAAACGAAGCAUUAUAGAGUCGGAGCUAUUAUUUAACUACCUUUGUUCUAACAGAGAGGGAAACGACGGUGCUGCAGGAAACAUGCAGGGAACCUUUCAGCAGCUCCUCAAGGGACUCGAAGGUCGGAGAGUGGUCGCUUUCGUAAUGGAAGAAGAAAAGGAAGAACAUUUUGAGCUUAGAAGGGAACCGAGGAACUGAAAAGUCUGACCACACAGCCCCCCCCUCGACCCCCCCCACCCCCCCGCCCCAUCCUCACAGACUGGAUUGACUUCACUUCUCUUGAGUGGAUUACGCUGUUGUUGUUGUUGUUGUUGUUUUUUAGCAUAUAUAUAAAAGAUGGCGAAAUGCAAUCAAUACCAUAAGCUUAAAAAAAGUUGUCGUGUGAAAAGUUAAAAAAAGAAGCAAUAGCAAAAACCGAGUAAAGUAUGUUUUGGUGUGUCGUAGAGAUGUGUAUUUAAGUCCUGAGCAUUAUAACAAUGUUACAAAUCAAGCUGUUAUAAAGAAAAUGUGUGAAAACAAUAAUAAGGCAAAGUAAUUCUUUUUUUGAGGCAUUUUGAAAAAAUGUAAAUACAGGUGCCAAGCACGUAAAAAAGCUCAAUAAACGUUUUAAUUCAUAAA